AUGCAGUCGCGCAGCGAUCAGGCCUGCAGUGCCUGCAAUAAACGGAAGCGGCGAUGCGAUAAGGGCCUCCCCGCAUGCAGCUUGUGCCGACGAAUCGGUCGCCUGUGCGAAUAUGGCAUCGUCGCGGACCCUCCACCGACAGCCAACGAAUGGUCCAUGUCGCCGGCGCCGGCGCCGGUCCUAGCCUCGACCUCUGGCAGCACCGUGUGCGACGCUAUCGACUCCCAUAGCCCGGAGCCGAGCAGCGUAGCCUCGUCCUCCCGAUCUGUGGGUAUCACUCCUGUUAAUUCCAGAAUUAAAGAUCCGGGCCUGCAGUCCGGAGCUUACUUUCCCGCAUCCAUAUUCCUCGAUGUUGACUGCUACGUCUGGUCCCGUAUCCAGCUGCCUCCUCCCCGAGGUGCCAUCCCCGCGCCGGUGCUUGUGCUUCUCAGCCAAGGCAAUAUCGUCCUGGACUUGCCUAUAGUGUUCAAAAAGAGGAUAGAUAUAGGCCUGCCGGUGCAGAAUACCGGCCCCGAUCUCGCCAUGCUGUUUAUCGGCAUGAAGCUUGUAACUACACACGCAAACAACAUUACCGCUGCCGGGCUGUAUUUAACGGCCAAGAAUUUCCUUACUCGCCUCGAGAGUAACAGUACCAUCUUACUGCUCUGUCUACAAGCUUUAGUACUCAUCGCCUUGUAUAAGUACAGCUAUACUAUCUAUCCUGCGGCUUGGAUAACUAUCGGGUCUUAUACAUAUUAUGCCGAGAUUUUAGGUCUUACUCCCGGUAAUUAUUCCAUACUAGGCCAAGCUAGUAUCUAUAUCCUCAAUAGACUUAUGUCGACGGGUAGCCGAAGACAUUACCUGAUCCCGGACCUACAAACCGACAGCAGUCAGGACUGUAGUAAUAUCGCCAAGGCCCUUAGCCGCUUAACAAGCACCCUAUACCAAGUUAAGCAAUCAGGCUUUACACGAUUAUAUCAGGCUUCUAUAUAUCUCGGCCAGGCUAUCAGCUGCACGCAAGAGACUCUUUCCUAUAAGCUUACUAGUUUCGGCGCGGCCCUUAACAGCGCAAGCACAGCACUCAAGCCCGAGGACCGUUACGCCCUCCUCGCUCCUCAGUACAUCACCCGCUCGGCGCUAUUCGUCGCGCUUAAUCGCUUCACUUACCCCGAAAAGAUAGCAGCAGAACCUGGGUACCUCAAUAGCCCAAAGCAGUCGAUACAUAUCAUCCAACUGGCGAGCGAGCAGUUAUAUACUCUAGGUAUAGAUAUCUUACGCAUAAUCAAAGACAACACAGAUAUAGCCCAGCCGUAUUCACUAGGCCGCGUAAGCCCCUUCAUCAUAGACUCGGCCUACGCAGGCGCCGCCACUGCAUACCGGGAUAUAUUGAUAGUCUAUAACGUCUCAGUAAGGGUAGAGGCGAGUAUGGUAUUUUGA